UUUCUUUUUUGAAAAAUCAUACAAACAAAGAGAUGAGAUUCUAAUCCCUUAAGCCCAAUCCUAUUUCAUUUCAAAAGGCACAUAGUUAAACAAAAAAUACUGUAUAAUUUCAAGACAGUAAAACUAAAUCAAAUUGGAGUCGCACUGAACUCCAUUGUCCGGAGACGCGUCAAAAAGAGUGAAUAAACUCUCCAGGGUUAAGGCUUAAGAGAGCAUAGAAAGAUGAUCUACACAGCAAUUGAUACAUUUUACCUCACGGAUGAGCAACUAACAAACUCACCUUCCCGAAAAGAUGGCAUUGAUGAAGCUACUGAAACCGCCCUUAGAAUCUAUGGCUGUGAUCUCAUCCAAGAAAGCGGCAUUUUGCUGAGAUUACCACAGGCAGUCAUGGCCACUGGGCAGGUUCUAUUUCAUCGUUUCUAUUGCAAGAAGUCAUUUGCACGGUUUAAUGUCAAGAAAGUUGCUGCAAGCUCAGUGUGGCUGGCUUCAAAACUGGAGGAAAACCCAAGAAAAGCUAGACAAGUACUUAUUAUUUUUCACAGGAUGGAAUGCAGGAGGGAGAACUUGCCCAUCGAUCAUUUAGACUUGUAUUCCAAGAAAUAUGUUGAUUUAAAAAUGGAGCUGAGUAGAACUGAGAGACAUAUUUUGAAAGAAAUGGGAUUCAUUUGUCAUGUUGAACAUCCUCACAAGUUUAUUUCAAAUUACCUUGCUACCCUUGAAACACCUCCAGAGUUGAGGCAAGAAGCUUGGAAUCUGGCUAAUGAUAGUUUGCGCACUACAUUGUGUGUUAGAUUUAAGAGUGAGGUUGUGGCUUGUGGCGUUGUAUAUGCUGCAGCACGUAGGUUUCAGGUACCCCUUCCUGAGAAUCCACCAUGGUGGAAGGCAUUUGAUGCAGAAAAGUCUGGGAUUGAUGAAGUCUGCAGGGUUUUGGCUCACCUUUAUAGCCUUCCCAAGGCACAAUAUUUACCAAUUUGCAAGGACUGGGACUCAUUUACAUUCUCCAACAAAUCAUUGGAAUCAAAGUCUCAUUCAACUGCAAAGGAUGCUCCACGAAGUAGCUCACCGAUUAAUCCUGAGACAGCGCUAAAGGGAGCUCCCGGAGAAGCAAAUAUUGACUCGAGUGGUAGCAAGGGUGCUUUGGUAAAGCAAGCCAGUGAUAAGCUGAAUGAUGCUAGGAAGUCUGAUGAUGAAUCCAAAAGCAUUGCUGCUGAGAGAGACGUAAAAGAUGAACCCACACUAAGGUCCAGACCAGACCGUAAAAUGGAGACCAGUGGGGAGUUACAUAGGGACAGAGAGAGGGACCGAAUAAAAUCCAGGGAUCGUGAGCGGGGAAGGGAUUCUGAUAGAGAACGUGAGCGGGGUAGGGAUUCUGAUAGAGAACGUGAACGAGAGGAAGCUGAGAGGGUCAAACUCAAGGAUCAUGGUCAUCGUUCUAGGGAGAGAGCAAAGGAUUCAGGACAUUCAGAGAAGUCAAAGCGCUAUUCAUCACAUGACCGUGACCGUGACUACUACAGCUCGUCUUACCCAUCAAGAGAGAAGGAUCGGCAUAGACAUCAUUAAGUAACUUCGAAGAACCAAAAUUUGCCUAACUGCCCUGCAUUAUUACCUUGUUAGGGUCUAAUGUAGUUUCUGUUUCCCUGACAUGAAAUAUUUAUCCUUUUGUAUACUUUUUAUUGUUUUAAAAUUGUUACACGAGAAUUGCUGCUCCAAAGCAUAUAUAAAUCAGUAGCUACAAGUUAUUAGGCAUUAUCAUAACUCUGAAUCAGGUGGUAUUCUGUCAGCUUUUUUUAAAAGAUGAUUAUAUAGUCGGCCUUCAUUUUGAUCUA